AUGGGGAUCGUUGUGGUGGACAAGCGGGUCGUGGUGCACACAUGUGAGUCUUUGCUUGCGCUUGGGCCUGGUGACUUGACCGCACAGCACGGCAGCGGUGACGCGGUGACGGAGGGCUGCGUGGUCCGGGUCCUCGAUCUCAGCGGUGAUGGCCGAAAGAAGAAGCGAGAGGAUUCCCACGUUUCCCCGCAUAGGUCAUUACAUUGGAUCAUCGGUCUGGAUCUCCAUCGGGUCAGCUCCUGCAGUCGCACUCGCCUUGUCUGCCUUGUCGUCAAACAACGCGCGCGCAACCUGCAGGACAACGAUGAUGUGGACGGAAUCCGCGCGGUCGCGACGACGAAGCGACGAAGCGGUGCCGGAAUGCGGGUGUGCGAGGUAGGAAACGGCUCGAAGCGGCUCGAACGCGCCCAGUCACUCGACCGUUGUAAUUCAGCGGAGCCUGUCUCCCACUCGUCACGCGAGCAUGUCUCAGACUGGUGA